CUAGUUAGCAGAUUCGUGCAAAAAAACAAGUUUUUAUAGUCGAGUCUUCAAAAUGUGGAUGCUAUGCUAUGUAGCUAGUUAGCUUUCUUAGUUGUCGCAAAACGUUAAAUGUCAACGAAUAUUUGCACGCUGUAACUACGCACUGAGAGACACAUGCUACCUUUCUCUAAUCGCUAGUUAGACACUUAUUUCUAAAUCAAUUUGUUCGAUAACAACCUAGACGUUAAGGCUAACUAGCUUCCAAACAGACUAGCCAGCUAAGCUAAUGCCUACAAUGGCAUGUCAGCCUGAAUGAUGUAGUCUCGGGGAAUCACAUUGUUUACAUUGUGGCAGGCAACCCGUCUCAGUCAAACAACCCAGCAGCAACACUGUGUCCCCACUCAGUUGAUUUGUGCGAUGAGCUUUUCCCCAAGCAGGUGUGAGAGCCAAGAUGCCAGUGUUACCUGGGGCCAAUGGUCCAUGAUGCAUGUGGAGGGUUAUGGAGACGCCACUGAACUGUGCUGAAGAGCAACAACCCCCUCCUGCCUUACCUGCCUCCUGGUCGACAGUCACACCACAGGAGUCUCCUGCAGACAGAAACGACAAGGGGAACGCUGUUGGCUUUGUGUUGGUGCAUGCAGGAGCAGGAUACCACUCCGAGUCCAAAGCCAAGGAAUACAAGCAUGUCUGCAAGAGAGCUUGUCAGAGAGCUGUGGACAGACUGAAAGCCGGUGCUCUGGCAGUGGACGCUGUGACUGCAGCCCUUGUUGAGCUUGAGGAUUCUCCGUUCACCAACGCGGGAAUGGGCUCUAACUUAAACCUGUCUGGGGAGAUCGAGUGUGAUGCCAGCAUCAUGGAUGGGAAGUCUUUACGUUAUGGAGCUGUAGGUGCUGUUAGUGGUAUAAACAACCCAGUGCUGGUGGCCAACAGGUUACUGAGUGAAGCCCAGAAAGGAAAGCUGUCAGCCGGACGAAUACCCCCCUGCUUUCUAGUGGGUCGAGGAGCACAUGACUGGGCUGUGAACCAUGGGAUACCUCCUUGUCCCUCAGAGAAGAUGGCUACCAAGUUCAGUCUAUCGGCCUACAAGAGGAACAAGCACAAGAUGGAGCUGGCAGAGAAGGUGGAUACGGGGUUUAAUCAUCACAGUAAGAAGAGACGACAAGCAAGUGAAACCGAGAAUGGAUCAGGGUUGCUGGACACGGUGGGAGCGAUCGUAGUGGACAGAGAAGGGAACGUGGCAGCUGCAGUGUCCAGUGGGGGUUUAGCCAUGAAACACCCAGGCAGGGUGGGACAGGCUGCUCAUCAUGGAUGUGGAUGCUGGGCUGAGAACACCAGUACCCUGAACCCUUACUCUACAGCAGUGAGUACUUCAGGUUGUGGGGAACAUCUAAUACGAACCAUGCUAGCGCGUGAGUGUUCUUCUGCCAUGCAGUGUGAAGAUGCUCACCAGGCGCUGCUGGAGGCUAUGCAGAACAAGUUCAUCAGUUCCCCGUUCCUGGCCAGUGAGGACUGUGUCCUUGGAGGGGUCAUCGUCCUGAGGUGCUGCAGAUGUUCCGACGCUCAACCCUCUCCUGACAUCCAGGCUAUACUGGUUGAGUUCCUGUGGAGCCACACUACAGAAAGUAUGUGUGUUGGCUACAUGUCUGCCCAGGAUGGGAAAGCCAAGACUCACAUAUCCCGCCUGCCUCCCGGGGCUGUAGCAGGACAGUCGCUGGCCAUAGAGGGAGGAGUGUGUCGACUGGUCAAUACCCCAACAACAGUCGACUGAGCCACACCCACUUCCCCGCAGACCACACCCAUUACCCAAUGGGCCACACCCCCCCUCGUCAAAGCCGCCUUCAGCAAUACUCAAAUGUAACCUCAACGCCCCAACUCCCCCUCCUCUACCCCCACACAGCAGUAAUACGUUUGGGCUGUUUUAACAGGUGUCAGUGGGAGAGA